AUGUUCAAAUCAAAAUUUACCUGUGUUUCAAAUCCAUCAUCGAAAUCAGAUGAUGAUGAAAAUGAACAACAAAGAAACAACGAUGAUGCGGAAAAAAGUGAAGUACGAUUAAAUACGACUUCAAAUUCUUCUCCAACUCAAACAACAUCUCCUGUACCAUCACAUACCGGUGGACUCUAUAUACCACCAGCUACACUUCGUCUAUUAGAUACAUCAUCAGUUGAUAAAUCAUCUGUUGAAUACCAACGUACACAAUGGGAUGCUUUAGAAAGAAACAUCAAUCUUCUUGUUGAUCAAGCAAAUGAAUCCAAUAUAUGCCCCAUCAUUAAUGAACUAUUCAAUGAAUCAAUUCGGAUAUCUCGUAUCGAAGACAAAAGAGGUGGAUGGUCUCUUAUUUAA